GCAUCGCCGCCUCCGCCCCAGGGAUCCAGCUUCCAGCCGGGUCGGCCAGGCCCGCGGGCCAUGGAGCUCCGGGCAGCGGAUCGCGAGCCUCCUGCGCGCCCCAACCUGCCCGCCCGGUUAGCGCCCGGCCGGGAGAGGGGGCGGUGGAAUCUGGACCGGCGGUGAAAAUCCCACGUCCUGCCCGCCCAGGCCUCUCCAUUCGUCCUCCGGGUAGGGAGGUGUCCAGCUCCCACUCCUUCCCAGCCCCAGCCCUGGAGGCAGCCCCGGGACUACUGAGGGACGACGACAGCAUGAAGGCUCCGGGCCGGCUCCUGCUCAUCCUCCUGUGCUCCUUGGUCUUCUCUGCUGUCUACAUGCUUCUGUGCUGCUGGACCUGCCUGCCCCUCUGCCUGGCCACCUGCCUGGACCACCUCCCUCCCGGCUCCAGGCCCACCGUGCCGGGGCCCCUACACUUCAGUGGCUAUAGCAGCGUGCCGGAUGGGAAGCCACUGGUCCGAGAGCCAUGCCGCAGCUGCGCCGUGGUGUCCAGCUCCGGCCAGAUGCUGGGCUCCGGCCUGGGCACCGAGAUCGAUGGUGCGGAGUGCGUGCUCCGCAUGAACCAGGCGCCCACCGUGGGCUUUGAGGCGGACGUGGGCCAUCGCAGCACCCUACGCGUCAUCUCGCACACGAGCGUGCCGCUGCUGCUGCGCAACUACUCGCACUAUUUCCAGCAGGCCCGGGACACCCUGUACGUGGUGUGGGGCCAGGGCAGGCACAUGGACCGGGCGCUCGGUGGCCGCACCUACCGCGUACUGCUGCAGCUCACCAAGAUGUAUCCAGGCCUGCAAGUGUACACCUUCACCGAGCGCAUGAUGGCGUACUGCGACCAGAUCUUCCAGGACGAGACGGGCAAGAACCGGAGGCAGUCAGGCUCUUUCCUCAGCACCGGCUGGUUCACCAUGAUCCUUGCCCUGGAGCUGUGCGAGAAGAUUGUGGUCUAUGGAAUGGUCAGCGACAGCUACUGCAGGGAGAAGAGCCACCCCUCGGUGCCUUACCACUACUUCGAGAAGGGCCGGCUGGAUGAGUGUCAGAUGUACCUGGCACACGAGCGGGCACCCCGAAGUGCCCACCGUUUCAUCACUGAGAAGGCUGUCUUCUCCCGCUGGGCCAAGAAGAGGCCCAUCGUGUUCGCUCACCCAUCCUGGAGGACUGAGUAGCCCCUGUCACCCAGCCAGCCACCAUGCCUUCACCAGUCUCUGUCCCAUCCCAGGCCACCACACUCCACCGAAAACAUUUAAUGUAUGGAUCCUGACUCUAGCCACCUGCCCAGUGGACCUAGGGUUCCUUCUUGCCCUGCCCUGAGGACACCUGGAGCCAUCUCGGGCCUCACGACUUGAAGGGGAGUGGAGAGGGGUGCCCUGUCUCUACCCUACUCCCUAAGCAAUCCACAGCACUUUGGGGUUCCUCCCACCUCCUGGUCUAUCAAGUGGCCUUUGUGCCUGGGGCUCAUGGCCCACCACUCACCAGCAUCGUGACCUUGUGCCAGUCCUGGUCCUACCCCCCAGCCGCCUUUGGUGCCACACUUCUCAGGCCGGUUGCCCUGGUUAGGGCGGUGCAAGCCUGGGGUCUGUUGGAUGAAGGGGCCUUUGAGCCUGACUGCCAAGGCCAUAUCAGGAGCUUACGGGUAAAUGUGUUUUCUGGA